AUGGAGGAAGCCGACAACAGCACUAUUGAUCCCGCCUGUUUACAGGAACCCCCUCUGGCCAUGGAUGUGAUAAAGCAACUAGAUGUUUUCGGGAUGUGCCUGUACGCUAUGCUCACCUUCAUGUCUUGCAUUUCCCUGCUGCUCUACUUGGAGCAAUGUGUUUACAUUUAUAAAAAACUGCCCUACCCGAAAAAGACAACCAUCAUCUGGAUCAAUGGAGCCGCGCCAGUCAUUGCCACCAUGUCUUGUUUUGGGAUGUGGAUCCCCAGGGCUGUCAUGUUCACAGAUAUGACGUCAAAUUGUUACUUUGCAGUGGUAGUGUACAAAGUGUUGGUUCUGCUGAUUGAGGAGUUGGGUGGCAGCGAUGUAUUUCUGAAGCGCUUUUCCGGUAAACCCUUCAAGAUCACCACUGGGCCGUGCUGCUGCUGCUGCCUGUGUUUACCACGUGUGCCCAUGUCACGAGGCAUGCUGUUCUUGCUGAAGUUGGGUGCACUGCAGUACGCCAUCCUAAAGACGGUGCUCAGUGUCCUCUCCAUAGUACUCUGGACAAAUGGCAACUUUGACCUCUCAGAUCUAGAGAUCACCGGUUCGGCAAUUUGGAUCAAUCCAUUCAUUGGCGUUCUCACCAUCACCUCCCUGUGGCCCGUAGCCAUUGUGUUCAUGAACACCAACCACCAUUUACGCAGCCUCAAUAUUGUACCAAAGUAUGCCAUGUACCAACUAAUACUCGUAUUAAGUCAGCUGCAAACGUCCAUCAUCAACAUCCUGGCUCUGGAUGGAACCAUCGCCUGCGCCCCUCCCUUCUCCUCGCAGGCUCGGGGAUCCAUGCUAAGUCAGCAGAUGAUGAUUAUGGAGAUGUUCAUCAUCACCCUGGUCACUCGCUUCUUUUAUCGUCGUACAUAUGUCAUGCUUCCCUCACCCACACAUGACCACGACCACCACAAGGACGGAGUCUCCCCGCAGGCUGCUCACAUGGAGCAUGAUGUCUAA